AAAUGAUGUAAUAAAAAUGAAAAAAACAACCUCUUAGUUCUCAGUUAAGCCUACUGUCUUGCCAUAAGUAAUGUCUACUUGCAAAUUGGGCCGGUUUCCAAUAGACGGAAAACUCGGCGAAUCAUUUCAGGAAUCGAACAAAAGAUAUAACAGAUAGUAUUUCAGAAUCCAAACUUAAGCGGAGAAACAAGAGAAGGCAGAGAAAGACAAAGGAAUUGAGGUAUAUUGAUUUUAUUAAUAUGACAAGGAUGUUUUUAUUCAGAUGCAAAAUAAUCAAGAAGAAGUUUAUGAAGACAUGAAAUAGAAAGACUUGGUUGGACCAGAUUCCAUUAAAAAUUAUUACUAAACCUAUAAAAAAAUAACUAGAAUCAAGGAGUAGAAUAAGCUCUUCACAAUCUAGAGUAUGAUGAAAUCUAAAUUAAUUUAGACUCUGUCCAAACUAAUCUCAUAAUUAAAUCAGAACAACUAAGAUUAUUGCCAUGUAAGAUGGGUCUAAUCAAACAGAAAGGAGAAUCCAAAAUAUUGGCCAUAGAAAAUCACAAAUAUGGCGAUAAAUAUGUUGAAGUACUAUCUGAAGGUUUGAGAACUCUUCCUGUAAUUUAGGAUUUCAACUUCAAUUAAAACAGAAUUAAGGAAAAUGGUGCUUCAUUGAUACUGCCUUUAAUAUCUAAAUAAGCGAGGUCUAUUGAAAUGGUUUCGAAUAUAAUUGGAAAAAAAGGAUUAGAACCAGUGUUAAAUGUGCUUCCAUCUCAAACUUGCAAGUAUUUAUAUCUUAAUCAAUAACAAGAAUACAAGUCUUAAAUCUAGAAGAUAAUCAGUUGGGCGAUGUCUUAGCAUAAGAACUCUUCAAAGCCAUGUAAAAAAAUAAUACUGUCAAAUUACUUAAUGUAUCUAAAAAUCAAAUUACUAAUGUUUCUCAUACUUUCAUCAAAUAAAUGAUCGAAACCAAUGACUCUUUAGAAGAGCUGUAUCUUCAUUGGAAUUUAAUCAAAGGGAGUGGAGGUGCUGAACUUUUUAAGGCCCUGAUUAAUAAUAAGAAUAUGAAAGUUUUAGACUUGUCCUAUAAUUUGUUAGGAUGUGGAGGUUCAAAUUUAACGCCAGUUCUAAAAUAGUUUUUUGAAGAAAAUAAAGAAAUGAUUCAUUUAGAUUUAUCAGCAAAUCAAUUCAGUUUAGCUGACAGUUAAUCAAUUUCAGAAGCCUUGAAGGAAAAUCAUACUAUAUAUGGUUUUCACUUUUCUGGCAACUUUGGAUAUGUUGAUUCAAAAGGUUUCUUGAUCAUUUAGAAUGAAAUGAGGAACUUCAAUUAAAUACAUACAGAUUAUAGAAUUAGAGGAUGCGAAACUCACAGUAAACCAUAUUCAAAAGGUCCUAGAUCAGAAAAAUUAAUGGAUGUGUGUUGGAUUUGUGAUGGUUGGCAGGGUUAGAAGUUUGAAUGGAUACCAAGUAAUAUUAAUUAUUAUUAUUAUUUAGAUAAAAGCGGAAAUGCAUCAGAAGAACCAAUAUUCAUUCAUUUCGAUUUUGAAGGAUAUGAAGCCAUAUUUUUAGGUAAGCCGGAUGAAAAUGGUAUUUUCUAAACAAAUCGUAUGGUGCCAACAGGAGAAUUAGAGUAUUUUUAUACUGGAUGUUAGUUAUAAGUGGCAAGUCUGACUGAACCAUUAAAAGUUCAUAAUGAAAAAUUUAGAGUGAGAACUAAAAUUGCUGAUUAAAUUAUAGAUGUAUUAUUGGAUGAAACAAAUCAUUAAAUCAUAAACAAAGGGAAACCAGUUAUAUCAGAUUGGGAUCCAAAUUAUGAUGUAAAACCAAGAACUUGUGAUCCAAUCUAUAUUCCUGCAAAAAUGAAGAAAUAAAAGCGUGCAUGGUCAUUCCCAAUAUCAAUUUGGGCACCUAAAUACAAAUUUGAUACUGAGGAAUUGUUACGUAAAUGUUUUGAGAGAGAUUGGAAUUGCUCUAAAAUAACUAAAUUUGUUAAGAAAACUGAAGAAUAAGAGUAGAUUAAAGAAAUGUUAUGGCAAUCUUAUAAAUCAAUAAGAGAGACAUACAGAUAUUAUUCAGCCAUAAAUCCAAGUGGUGAUGUAUUCUCUAUGUCUCAAAAUCCAACUUCUGAAUUUGUGAAUUAAUGUUAAUUAAUUGAUGGAAAAUAAAUGAAAUUGGCUGAUGUAGAUUUAAAAUUUAUUGCUACUUGUAGUGCAUCAUAAUCAGAUUGGAAAGGUAAUUUUAGAAAUCCCGAGAGAUAUUUAGUCAGAUAUUAGAUGAUGGAAUUUUUAGUGAGAUUAUCAGAAGAUAAAUAUAUUAGAAAUUAACCUGGUUCUCCAUCAUUUGUUUAAGCCACAAGAAUGAUAUUAGAUUAAUGUCUCCCUCAUAUGUCUUAAUUCGAUUCUCAUAAAUGGAGAAUGGAAAGGUACUUUAUAGAAUAAUGUGAUGAUGUAUGUAAGAAAUACAAACAAGUAAUUGAUUAUGUGUACAUGCAUAAUUCAUAAAAAAAGGUGAAGCCAGGACAAGCACCAUUCAUGUGUCUAGAUGAAUUGAAAGAUGUAUGCAAUAAGGCCAAUCUUUUUGAUGAAAACUUUGUUGAAAGAGAUGUUAAUUUAGCAUUUUGCUUAUCAAUGUUGACUUAAGUUGAUGAAUUAGAAAGUGAUAGACUAUUUUAAAUGUAAUUGAUUGAAUUCAUGGAAGCAUUGGCAAGAAUAGCUGAUAAAUACUCUCCAGUAGGAAUUGGAAAGUAAAAUGAAGUAUUUAUAUAAUAAAUAUGAAAUAGAAAGAGUGGAGCUAUGAACAAAGGUUUGCGCAGCCUCUGUAUUAUAAGCUAGAAGCCUUUAUGAUUCAUUUGAUCCAUACUUCAGUCGAUGAAGAAACCAAAAAGAAUUGGAAGAUACCAACAAUUUCAAUGUUCGAUUUAAUUGAGGAAGAUGAUUAAUGA